ACACAGAGUUGUAAAACUCCAAAACCGCCAACCCUUCUCUCCCUCUCAGAUCACAGAAGCGACGACACCCACCUGCGCCCAACCCUUCUCCGUCUUAAAUCCUCUAAAACCCAUCCAAUAUCCCAAUAUUUACGGCUCCUCCCAUCCCAAUACCUUCAAUUCUUCGCCCAAUGUACUGAGAUUUAUUUUCUCCCCGUUGGGUUGGAGUGGGAUUUGGCUUGGCUGGAAUGAAUGCUUCUGAGUUCCUAGUCGCCGACACCAUUCCGGCCUGAGUUCAAAGAUAGGGAGAGAGAACGACGAACACGUGAGUUGUGGCGUGCACAUGGCAAAGCGCGUAUACCAAGUUUGGAAAGGAAGCAACAAGUUUUUUCUUGGUGGAAGGUUGAUAUUUGGACCUGAUGCAAGAUCAUUGCUCAUCACUUUACUACUAGUCAUUGUGCCAGUUACUAUUUUUUGUGUCUUUGUUGCGAGGCAUCUUCGCCAUCAGUUUUCACCGCAUAAUGCUGGAUAUGCUAUUAUAGUGGUAUCAAUUGUCUUUACCAUUCAUGUAUUGGUGUUACUUUUACUUACAUCGGCUCGAGACCCUGGAAUUGUUCCACGGAAUUCACAUCCACCAGAGGAAGAGUUCCGUUUUGACGCAUCAGUAGAUACUGGUGGAAGGCAAACACCAAGCCUUCAAUUUCCUCGAACAAAGGAAGUAAUGGUUAAUGGAGUUCCAGUAAAGGUGAAAUACUGUGAUACCUGCAUGCUCUAUCGGCCUCCUCGCUGCUCUCAUUGCUCAAUUUGUGACAAUUGUGUUGAACGCUUUGAUCAUCAUUGCCCAUGGGUGGGGCAAUGCAUAGGGUUGCGCAACUACCGUUACUUCUUUUGCUUCGUUUCUUCUGCAAUGCUUCUCUGCAUCUAUGUAUUUGCCAUGUGUGCUUUCUAUAUUAAGGUUCUGAUGGAUGAUAAACAGAGCACAGUAUGGAGGGCUAUGAAAGAAUCUCCGGCAUCUGUUAUUCUCAUGGCUUACUGCUUUAUUUCUUUGUGGUUUGUUGGUGGACUCACUGGCUUCCACUUAUACCUCAUCAGCACUAAUCAGACGACCUAUGAAAAUUUCCGGUACAGAUCUGACCACAGGCUCAAUGUUUAUAAUCGUGGAUGUUUGAAUAACUUCUUUGAAGUAUUUUGCACAAAAGUAAAGCCUUCACGGAACAACUUCAGGGCCUUUGUUCAAGAGGAGCCACCAAGGCCUCCUUUGCCUACAACUCGGGAAGGUGAAAUGGAGGAAAUGUGUGAGGAUCGACGUGCUAAGGUAGAAGAUGAUCUAGACAUUGGCGGGGACCUUUUAAAGAUCUCACAGCGUCAUGAUAUUGAAGACAUUGAAGCAGAUAUACGCAGUAGAGGGAGUGAUGUGCCCCACCAUAAUUCCUCUGAAGCUGAAUCAGUAAUUGGUUCAGAGAGGAAAGCUCCAUCUUUACAAUCAGACGCACGGCUUUCUAGUUGGGAAAGAAGAAGUGGGAGCUGGGAGAUUGCCCCCGACGUUGUUGGCACAAACGCCAACGUCACAGAGAGCAGAAGUGUUGGCGCUUCAAAGGAAGCGUAUCAAUGAAAAGUAUCAUCCUGUACAGUCGUAAUGGCUGACAUUACUUUUUUUUCAUUUAUUUUUUGGUUCGCCGCAGCAAUUGUGCCAUUCGUUUAGGAGUAAAUGUUAAAUGGUGUCAAAUGUUACUUACGUUUUAGGUGAAAAGAAUGUGUAUUGCAAUUCAUUAUUUGCCCUCGUGCAUUUUUCUUCACAUUACUUUCUUGGAUAUGAUUUGAUGGAUAGACUUGAUUGUGUAAACUAGUUGCAUUUGUUCAUAUUUAAACAACUUUACUUGAAAUUCAA